GUAGCUCUGAUCUUAAGUGCAAGACAGAACACAGACCCUGCACAAAGAAAAUGGAGCAACAAGCAUCCGUGGUUCAACAAAUACUGCAGGCCAGCCAUCAAAUAAAAGAAACAUGCACUAAUGCACAGGAAGUACAAGGUGGAGUUGAUUUAGCAAGGCCCAGGUCAAAUCCCAUAGAGGAUGCCAGUGCACUGGAAAAGGCAAUUACAGCAAAAGGUGUUGAUGAAGGAACUAUUAUCGACAUUUUAACAAAAAGAACCAAUGAACAACGCCAAGAAAUUAAAGUUGCUUACCAAAAGAAAACUGGAAAGACUUUGGAAGAAAGCCUGAAGAAAGCUCUCAGUGGUAAACUUCAACCUCUCAUGUUGGAUUUGAUAAAAACUCCAGCUCAGUUUGAUGCUCAUGAGCUUAACCGUGCAACAAAGGGUCUUGGAACAGAUGAGGACACCAUCAUUGAAAUCUGUGUGACAAGAACUAACCAGCAAUUACCACAAAUCAAGAAAGUGUACAGUGCAGAAUUCAAAACUGAUCUUGAAAAAGAUAUCAUAGAUGACACAUCUGGAGAUUUUCAAAAGGCCAUAGUUGCUCUUUUAAAGGGAACCCGCAGUGAAGAUUGCUAUGUUAAUGCAGCUCUUGCUGACCAAGAUGCAAAGGCUUUGUAUGAAGCUGGAGAAAAGCAGAAGAAAGCAGAUGCUUCUGUAUUCAUUAACAUCCUCACCACUCGAAGCUUCGCACACUUACAACAAGUGUUUAAAAAGUAUGCUACAUACAGCAAACAUGAUCUCAAUAAGGCAAUGGAUCUGGAGCUAAAGGGAGACAUCGAGAAGUGCUUGGUAGCUAUUGUAAAAUAUGCUAUGAACAAACCAGGUUACUUUGCAGAAAAAGUGCAACUUGCAAUGAAGGGCUUGGGGACUCGUGAAAAAAUCCUGAACAGGGUGAUAAUAUCACGUUCCGAGGUUGACAUGAAAUCAAUUAAAGCUCAGUAUCACCAGCUGUAUAAAACCUCCAUGCGUGAUGAUUGUAUGACAGAAACCAGUGGAAAUUAUGAAACUGCCCUGGUUGGACUUAUUGGUUAUGAUGACUAACUGCGUAUGAAACCAAGAAACUCUUUGUUACAGUCCCAAAAAUAUAAAAAAACCUAAUUACUCAAAUACAAACUGGUGCAUGUUACAUUUGUUUUUAUUAUUGUUUAUCAAUUUUCAAUAAGUAAACAAACUCCAACUGUAAUAAAAUGUC